AGACAAUUAAAGAGAGGAUUGAAGAGACGGACAAGGCUGACUGACACUGACCAUCAUCACCUCAUCAGCAUGCGGGACCAUUCCUGUAUCGCUUAUAUUUAAUUCUCGGACCCCCCUUCCCCCUUUACUUCCCAGAACAUCAAUCUCACUCCUACCAAGUCCUUUCACUCGCACAAGAUUAACCAAUCAUCUGCCUCCACCUUCCAACCACCAUGUUCGCAGUAGCCCCUAAUCGCGUCCUCAAUGUGGAUUUUACCAGCUGGACGGGCAAGCAUUUGGAAGUCACCGAGGGGGACUCCUCCAGCCCCAACAAGACUCUCGUCUAUGCUGCCGACCUCAAUUUCCGCAAGCCACACAUGGUCUUUCAAGCCACAGGCAGCGCUCGUCUACCCGCCACAGUCAAUUUCCAUGCCUUCUCGCGCGCCAUCGAUGUCAACAUCAACGGCCACGAGAUCGCCUUCAAGCCGAAGGGGAUGCUCAAGUAUGAAGCCCCGUUCGAGUCUCCGGCCCUCGGUGGGAAAGUGCUGAGAUGGAAGAACCCGAAAUAUUCGAACCCCUCAUACCUCGAGUGCUCCGAUGAACAUGAUACCGUGAUCGCCAAAUUCGUUCCGAGCAGUGCCUGGAAACUGACCAAGGCAGGCCACCUCGAGCUCGAUGGGCGCUUACCGACUGGGCCUCUCACCGAUGAGGUGGUCGUCACCGGGCUAGCUCUGGCCUACUACAUUAUGGUGCAGACCAGAGGCGCCAGUGGAGCCUCGGCCGCUGCUGCCUCGUCGGUGGUAGUCGCGACUUCAGUGUGAUGAUUAUCCUCUUGUUUGAUAUUGGCGUUUCGUGUGUGCUGUUGAAUUUCUAGCGGAUCAUGAUCAUAUUAUACCUUUCUGUUCGUUCUUGGUUAUUCCUGAAUCAUUUUGUCAUUUAUACGGGAUCAUAGACAUGUACUGUACCCCCGGUCUUAUCAAUCUCUUAUUCAAAGCCGAAUCUGCGGUGCAUGAGAAUUGGACGUGGAUGCCUGAGGAGGAUAGCUCGACACCUGAGGCUACAACAAAGACAGAAGGCAAGAGUCUGAAAGGACAAGGCGGACCCGGGUGGCAGUAAAAACAUACCACGUCCCUUUUCUCUUUCCUUU